UGCCGUCAAGCGGCCCGGAUUCGCUUUGCGACAGCGGCCGGUCGCCGGGCUCGGGUGCCGGCUCGCUUUCCGGCGGGGGCGCGGGGUGCGCGGCCGUGUCUGCCAUCCCCUCCGGCUUCUGGCCGCGACUCGCAGCCGGUGACCCCCGGGGGAGGCGGCCUGCGGCCACAGAGCGGGCGCGACCCCGCGAGGUGACCUUGGACCUGGCGCCCGGGCGCGGGCGGAGGCGGGGAGAUGCCCCUGCAGGUGAAAUGGCCCUUCCCCGCCGUGCCGCCGCUCACCUGGACCCUGGCCAGCAGCGUCGUUAUGGGGCUGGUGGGCACCUACAGCUGCUUCUGGACCAAGUACAUGAACCGCCUCACCGUGCACAACAAGGAGGUGCUGUACGAGCUCAUUGAGAACCGCGGCCCGGCCACCCCCCUCAUCACCGUCUCCAACCACCAGUCGUGCAUGGACGACCCUCACCUCUGGGGGAUCCUGAAGCUCCGCCACAUCUGGAACCUGAAGCUGAUGCGCUGGACCCCCGCGGCCGCAGACAUUUGCUUCACCAGGGAGCUGUACUCGCACUUCUUCAGUCUGGGCAAGUGCGUGCCCGUGUGCAGAGGUGACGGCGUCUACCAGAAGGGCAUGGACUUCAUUCUGGACAAGCUCAACCACGGGGACUGGGUGCACAUCUUCCCCGAAGGGAAGGUGAACAUGAGCUCCGAGUUUCUGCGCUUCAAGUGGGGGAUCGGGCGCCUGAUUGCCGAGUGUCGCCUCAAUCCCAUUAUCCUGCCGCUGUGGCACGUGGGAAUGAACGACGUCCUGCCCAACAACCCACCCUACUUCCCGCGCUUUGGACAGAGAAUCACCGUGUUCAUUGGGAAGCCCUUCAGCACCCUGCCCGUGCUCGAGCGGCUCCGGGCCGAGAACAGGUCGACGGUGGAGAUGCGGAAGGCCCUCACCGACUUCAUCCAGGACGAAUUCCAGCGCCUGAAGACGCAGGCGGAGCAGCUGCACCACCACCUACAGCCCCGGAGAUAGACGCCGGGCUGCCCUGCAUGACGCAGCGCGUGGCCCCUACCUGCAGGUCCUCAGGGGCCUUGGCUGCUCCCCGACCAGGCCCCAGCAGGGCCUCCUUGGCCUUCCGCCCGAGGGGCCUGGGAGCCAGCAGCUGCUCAGGGAUGGCUGGCCGCCUCCUCGGUCCCCGCCGCUGCCACGGUGCGAGCGGUGCAAGAGCAGCCCGUGGCCGGAAAGGCUGGAGGGACUCUGGGCUGGGUUUUUAGGAUUUGUAAACAAUAAAGCAUCCUUGUCAUGCUGUUUUA